AUGUUAAUCAUCAUUUUGUUAAAUUUAUAAGUUGCAGUAUACACGCGUUAUGCAGCUACAUAAGUUAAAAAUACUGCAGCUUUUAAAUAAUUUAAACUUCAUACAAGUGAGACUUCAGUAUCCAGAGCAGGACAUAAAAUAAAUUUAGAAUAAAAUCUCAUUUUAGAAAUUAGAUAAGAAAACAUUGAUUAAGUUGAUAUUCAAAUCUAUGAUGAGGCAAAUAAACACUUUAGAAUACCAUCAGAUCCUCCGUUCAACUAUAAUGAUGUGAAGGAUCCUUAAUAAUUCGACCAUUAUGAUUAUGACGUCAAAGUACAAGAAAAUCCUAUUGCGAUACAAAUACAAAGAGAUGAUGCUACCAUUUUUCAAAUAACCGAUUUAAUCUUUAGUGAAACAUAUAUUGAAUUCACUCACAUUCCACAAAAUAAAUAAAUGUGGGGGUUGGGAGAAAGAAAUUAAGUAGGAUUUCGUUUCAGAGAAGGAAUUUACACUUUAUUUGCAAGAGAUGAACCAAACAUAAUAGAAGAUGGAAAACGACCAGGAAAGCAUGUUUAUUCUAGUCACCCAGUCUUAUUAAGUAUGGAAGAAAGUGGCAAAUUCAAUGUGAUGUUCUACAAAACUUCAUCUCCCAUGGAUGUUACUUAUGAAGAGGACAAAAUGAAAUUUAUAACCAUCGGUGGAAUCAUACAUAUAAAAUUAUUUUUGGGUGAUUCUUCUCCAAGAACUGCAAUUAAAAAAUAUCAUUAAUAUUUGGGUGGUUGGAUGCUCCCACCAUUUUGGGGAUUUGGAUUUCAUCAAUGUAGAUGGGGAUAUAAAAACAGCAGUGUAUUAAUAGAUGUUGUACAACAAUAUUAAAAAAACCACAUACCUAUUGAUAUCAUUUGGACUGAUCUUGACUAUAUGGAUGAUAGAUAAAUAUUUUCUGUAGAUAAUCACAAUUUCCCCAAGAAAGAUUACCAAUACUUAAAAGGGUUAGGUGUGAGAUACAUUCCUUUGUUAGAUGUGGCUGUUGGAGUGAAAUAUGGGGCUAAAGACCAAGGUUACAAAAAAGGAACAGAAUAUGAUGUUUUUUUAUAUUCACCAUAUACUGGAUAUCGCUUUUAGGGUUAUGUUUGGCCAGGUGAUUCCUAUUUUCCUGAUUUCUUUCAUCCAAAUAUCAGUUAAUAUUGGAAUGAGAUGCACGAACAUUUAUAUGAAUAAGUGGAAUUUGAUGGACUAUGGGUUGAUAUGAAUGAGCCAGCUAAUUUCUGUGAAGGAGAAUGCAAUUGGAGUACUCAUCAUCGCGAUCAUCCUAAGAGAGAGGACAAAUUGAAUAAGGAAAUCAUAUUUCCAUACAUCCCAGGAGAAAUACCAUUAGCUAAUAAAACAUUACCUCCUCAUUUAUUACAUCAUGGACAAUAUUUACAUAAGGAUGUACAUAAUCUCUAUGGAAUCAUGGAUUCUUACUAUACUUAUUAGGCUUAAAAAGCUUUGGGGAAAGUACAACCCUUUCAAAUCACCAGAUCAACAUUUCCAGGUACUGGUAAAUAUGCUUAACAUUGGACAGGAGAUAAUGGAGCAUCAUGGGAUUUCCUUUAUUUAUCACUGGGACAAGUAUUUUAAUUUUAAAUAUUCGGAAUUCCAAUGGUUGGAGCUGAUGUUUGUGGCUUUAUGGGUGACACAAACGACAAGCUCUGUUGUAGAUGGAUUUAAUUGGGCUUCUUUUACCCCUUCUUCAGAAACCAUAAUAAUGAUUUAUCAAAACCAUAAGAGUUCUUCAAUCUUGGAGUUCAGGUUGUUUAAUCUGCUUAAAAAAAUAUCCAUCUUAGGUACACAUUAUUGAAAUGGUUUUAUUCUAUUUUCAUUCGAGAAUAAAAUCAUGGCUCAAUAAUAAACCCCUUGUUUUUCAUAUUCCCUGAGGAUUAUCUUACAUAUAGAGAUUUUGUGAUGGAUACUCAAUUGUUAAUUGGUGAAGAGUUAAUGGGUGCCCCAAUUCUCAAAGAAGGAGUGACAAGAGUAGCCUAUUUCCCAGAUUCAAAUUGGUAUGACCUAAUUACUGGAUUGGAAUUGAAGGGCAAAUAAGAUCACACUCUCUAUUGUUCAUACAAUGAAAUAGUGCCAAUAUUUAUCAGAAGUGGUUACUUAGUGAUACAAAAUACAAAAGAGAUCAUUAAAAAUCUGAAAUCUUUAGAUAAUCAUUAUAGAAUUAUUGCAGCUCCAAUUAAUUCAGAAGCAAAAGGAGUAUUUGCUGAUUUGGAUAAUUUUGAGGAUGAAGAGAAAGCACUUGAAGCUGAACUCAUUAAUAUAAAAUUAGUAGUCGAGGAGAAAAGUGUAAAGAUUAGUAUUUCCAAAAGUCAUUCAGAACUAAUAAUUGAUGAAAUACUAAUUUAUGGAUUAGAAUGUUCGUAUAAGUAAUGCACAUCUGGGUAUUAUAAAUACAACUCAGUAUUCAAGGGUCCAUUUAGUUUGGGAUAGGAUAAAACUGAAUUAGUGCUAAAAUGA